GCCCGCCCCUAUUGUUCCGCCCCCGGCCUCCCGCCCUUCCCCUUCCCGCCCGCUCCCCUUUUCCCCUCAGUCGCCUCGCGCCUGCAGUUUUUGGCUUUCACCCCCACCAGUGACCAAAGACUUGACCACUCAAAGUCCAGCUCCCCAGAACACUGCUCGACAUGGACACCGGUGUGAUUGAAGGUGGAUUAAAUGUCACUCUCACCAUCCGGCUACUUAUGCAUGGAAAGGAAGUUGGCAGUAUCAUUGGAAAGAAAGGAGAAUCAGUUAAGAAGAUGCGUGAGGAGAGUGGUGCCCGUAUCAACAUCUCAGAAGGGAAUUGUCCUGAGAGAAUUAUCACUUUGGCUGGACCCACUAAUGCCAUCUUCAAAGCCUUUGCUAUGAUCAUUGACAAACUGGAAGAGGACAUCAGCAGCUCUAUGACCAAUAGCACGGCUGCCAGUAGACCCCCAGUAACCCUGAGGCUGGUGGUCCCUGCUAGUCAGUGUGGCUCUCUCAUUGGGAAAGGUGGUUGCAAGAUCAAGGAAAUACGAGAGAGUACAGGGGCUCAGGUCCAGGUGGCAGGGGAUAUGCUCCCCAACUCAACUGAGCGGGCCAUCACUAUUGCUGGCAUUCCGCAAUCCAUCAUUGAAUGCGUGAAACAGAUCUGCGUGGUCAUGUUGGAGACUCUCUCCCAGUCCCCCCCGAAGGGCGUGACCAUCCCGUACCGGCCCAAGCCGUCCAGUUCUCCAGUCAUCUUUGCAGGUGGUCAGGACAGGUACAGCACAGGCAGCGACAGUGCGAGCUUUCCCCACACCACCCCGUCCAUGUGCCUCAACCCUGACCUGGAGGGACCACCUCUAGAGGCCUAUACCAUUCAAGGACAGUAUGCCAUUCCACAGCCAGAUUUGACCAAGCUGCACCAGUUGGCAAUGCAACAGUCUCAUUUUCCCAUGACGCAUGGCAACACCGGAUUCAGUGGCAUUGAAUCCAGCUCUCCAGAGGUGAAAGGCUAUUGGGCAGGUUUGGAUGCAUCUGCUCAGACUACUUCUCAUGAACUCACCAUUCCAAACGAUUUGAUUGGCUGCAUAAUCGGGCGUCAAGGCGCCAAAAUCAAUGAGAUCCGUCAGAUGUCUGGGGCGCAGAUCAAAAUUGCGAACCCAGUGGAAGGAUCUACUGAUAGGCAGGUUACCAUCACUGGAUCUGCUGCCAGCAUUAGCCUGGCUCAGUACCUAAUCAAUGUCAGGCUUUCCUCGGAGACGGGUGGCAUGGGGAGCAGCUAGAACAAUGCAGAUUCAUCCAUAAUCCCUUUCUGCUGUUCACUACCACCCAUGAUCCAUCUGUGUAGUUUCUGAACAGUCAGCGAUUCCAGGUUUUAAAUAGUUUGUAAAUUUUCAGUUUCUACACACUUUAUCAUCCACUCGUGAUUUUUUAAUUAAAGCGUUUUAAUUCCUUUCUCUGUUCAGCUGUUAAUGCUGAGAUCCAUAUUUAGUUUUAUAAGCUUCUUCCCCCCCCCUUUUUUUUGGCUCAUGAAUUUUUUUUUCUGUUUGUCAUGGAAAUGUAAGAGUGGAAUAUUAAUACAUUUCAGUUUAGUUCUGUAAUGUCAGGAAUUUUUCAAAAAAAUUAAAAGAUGGACUGGAGCUUUUUCUUUGUGAAUAGAAACUGGAUGCCACAGUGA